AUCGACUCCGACCAGGCAUUUACAGUACGCCCUAAAUGUACCUCCUACGUCCAACACUGAUGAGAUGAUGCAUCGCGCGCCAUGGCCGACCCAGAUGUGCGUACCGACGGAAUUGCGGUGACCUCGCCUGAGGCCUGGGACUAUAAGACGCUGCCGGAAUGGGACAAUGACUUCUAUGAAGAGGACGAUAUCCUCCAGUUCGCGGCUGCUCUCGACGCGCCCAGCAACGCACUCGCCGCCUCGCCCUCGGAAGAAGACUUGAGUCGACUGGAGAAGACCAAAGAGGCAGAACGUAUUACGGCCCUCAACGAUUGGCGACCGGUGCGACAACGACAGCUACGGCGUCCGGGCGCUUCGCGUUCCAGAGCGAGCAGAAAGUCCAGUAAGAGCCGACAUAAGAAGCAGGCCCGGCGCGGUCGGGAUGAGACGAGAGAGGGCUGGACGUACAGCUUCGCCAAAUACCCGCUGCUCUUAUUUAUCUUUGGCUGGAUCGGCUUCCUGGGUACUUGCUAUGCCUUUACACGUCUCUACAUUUGGUUCUACGAGCAAUACGUGACCUGGCGAGGGCAGCGUGAUCGACUGAGAAAGGCUUUGCGGAAACAAGACCAUUACGAGGGAUGGGUCAAGGCAGCAGAGGAGCUCGAUCGGCAUUUGGGCAACGACAAGUGGAAGGCCGACGAUGAGGGAUCAUACUAUGAUUGGAAGAUGAUCAAGCAAGUCUUGCGGCAGCUGCAACAUCUGCGUAAGCAGGCAGAGGAAGAUGAGCGGAGUAGUCGAGGACGCACUGGGGGAAGAGAAAGUGGUGAAAGGCCGAUCGAUCUCUUGCGCAAAGUGCUAGAAUCGUGUGUCAAAGCGAAUUUCGCUGGCAUCGAGAAUCCGCGCCUCUACUCCGAGACUUACUAUGGCACCAAGAACCUGUUGCAAAGUUACAUCGACGAAACGUCCAUGGCACUUAAAUACAUCUUCUCCAGCUCUCAGCUGACCCCGGCAGAUAAGCGCACCCUCUCGGAUCGUCUGUCUGCGAACCUGGGACGAUCAGCUCUGUGUCUGAGCGGUGGUGCGACUUUUGCCUACUAUCAUUUUGGCAUUGCAAAAUCUCUUCUAGAUGCCGAUAUUCUACCUCCCAUCAUCACUGGAACUUCUGGGGGUGCCGUGGUAGCUGCUUUGCUAUGUACGAGGACGGAUGAAGAGCUCAAAAAGCUUCUGAUUCCCGCUCUAGCGACCAGGAUCACAGCCUGCCAUGAGUCCAUCCGAAUAUGGUGGUUUCGCUACUGGCGUACGGGCGCUCGCUUUGAUUCAGUCGAUUGGGCGAAGAGAUGUGCCUGGUUUUGUCGAGGUAGUCUCACAUUCAAGGAGGCUUACCAACUCACGGGUCGCAUCCUUAACGUGUCGACUGUGCCUUCAGACCCGCACUCUCCUGCGAUUCUGGCCAACUACGUCACAGCGCCAGACUGCGUGAUCUGGUCCGCAGUGAUCGCAAGUGCUGCUGUACCCGGAAUCCUCAACCCUGUUGUUUUGAUGCGGAAACUUCCAAGUGGCAAGCUGGAACCUUUCAGCUUCGGACACAAGUGGAAAGAUGGGUCACUCCGAACAGACAUUCCCUUGAAGAGUCUCAACACACAUUUUGGGGUAAAUUUCAGUAUCGUCUCACAAGUCAACCCUCACGUCUCGCUCUGGUUCUUUUCCAAUCGAGGCACCGUCGGUCGACCCGUCACGCACCGCCGCGGAAGAGGCUGGCGAGGGGGGUUCUUUGGUUCAGCUAUCGAACAAUUCAUCAAACUAGACUUGAACAAAUGGCUCAAAGUCUUGCGGCACUUGGAACUACUGCCUCGUCCUAUGGGACAAGAUUGGUCCGAAGUCUUUCUCCAGCGCUUCUCAGGCACCAUCACCAUCUGGCCCAAAACGUGCAUGUCCGAUUUCUGGAACAUCCUCACCGAUCCUACAAUGGACCGGCUCGCAAGACAAAUCACCGCAGGACAAUUGGCGACAUGGCCGAAAUUGAAAUUCGUCAGCAAUCGCAUGGCACUCGAAAAGGUCAUUCGAGAUGCUUAUACACAAUAUCACGCUCCAGAUGAAGAGCCUCCGGUUGUCGCACCUUCUCAUUCACCCGAUCAACCUUCUCCCCUGUCGCCUCCUCGAGCCCUCAGAUCGGUGCUCAGCGAAGACGAUCUCACUUCCCUCCUCGCACAAGCAAAAGCCAACAAUGGCGUCGUAGAAGUCCCCGAAAAUCUCCUUACGCCGGGACGAGAAGUCGAUCGGUUCAAUUUCGCAUCUACUUCUUCUGUGGAAAGACAGGAAUCUCCUUCUUUGGCGAAGAGGAUGUCGAAUUUGUGGGGCGCGAUGCAGACUUCUCCCAACAACAGCAACAAUAACAGUACGAGUAGGAGUUCCAUCGAAACUGUCCGACCUUCACCGAGGGAACUUGCUGUUCCUUCCCCUUCUUCUCAUCAUGCGAGGGAGCAGUCGAGAAGGAGGAGUAAUGUUGUGGAUGAACUAGUCCGGCAGAGUCGUGUCUUUUUCGACGAUGAUGACGAUAUUCUCUUUGGGAGUGAAACGGACGGGGAUGCGGACGGUCGGAGCGAUACUGAGUACGAGACUACAGGGGACGACUGAGAGAGCGGUUGAAGAGCAAGCAAUGCUUUACGAGAAGGGAUGUGAUUGGUUCUUGACGUCCCAUCUGCAAGGAUCAACAGUUCAUCCACUUGGUGUUUCUACAAAGCCCUCGGCCUGGAACAGCUGUUCAAAUUGUUUCAUCAGCAAAAAAGAAAAAAAAAGUAUAGGCUUGAGUCUCCAACGGCCUGUCUGAAAGCGAUGAAUGAAUCAAAACAUGGAAGCCAAGGCAAGUCCAACAAAAAAAAAGGAAAAACCAAGGUCAGAGAGAAUGACGAAGCGGUCGUUCGUUCGGGGCGGGGGGUCUUCGAAAAAACCCCCACCCCACCCAGAGAAGUCUCAAGCGUUUAAGCGUGUUGUCGUUGUCGUCGUUGUUGCUACCUCCUACACUCCUACCUCCAUUGUUGAAAACCCCAAGAUUGAUAAUGAUGAUAUCACUGGAUGGAUGGAUGGAUGAUAAGGGUAUAGUAUAAUAUACCUACCUAGAUACCUCGAUAGAGAAAUAGCC